GAGGUCAAUCUUCCUGAGCCUCGAGAGAUGGACAAUCCUUUUUACAUUUCGUUUGCUGUCAAGGGGCUAUUGCAAUCAUGUCUAGUGAAUGGAUAGCAGCUUGGCUUGCAGCCCAAAACGAUCCGAAUUCGCCAGAAUCCGACAAGAUUGACCAUAAUGAGGGCUUCAUCGAGGGUUUUGUACCGCGUCAAUCGAGUAGUCAUGGAGACAAAGAAAUUGCCUCGACACCGAUUACGAAGAGCAUUUCACCUGGAAAACUCCCCUCGGAUAUAGAUAAGGAGUCGAAAGGAAAGCAACUUGCUGGCGUCUCUCGCAGCAAGCAGCAAAGUUCCAGAACCCUACCAAAGCAGAAGACGAACAAACGCAAAUUGCAAGAAGAGCGGGAUGUCAACCAAACGAACAUGCAGACGAAACGACUACCACUCGGCGAGCUAUCAAGAAACCCAACCAGGCAAUCGCAGACUGAAUAUACAAAAGCACAGUCCUCCAUGCCUCGAAGACGAAGACACACACAGAACAGGAGGAAGAUGGAUGCGGAGAACAAAAGCAGCUACAAAAUAACGAAUUUGGUCUCAUCAACUUCGAAGCGAAAUGUCUCAUAUGACAAACGCAAAGAGGUUCCUCCGACGUCUUCAGAGCCGACUACCAUUUCCCCAGCUGCCCCGAAAUCUACCCCUCCUGCUGCGAUGAGGAGGAAGGCUACAGAUGAUGAGAAGGGAAACGAAAAGGAAGCUGCUGCUGCGGAGCCGUUGUCAAGUCAGCCUUCUGUUCAUUCUCCUUGGAGGUUUCUUGUGCCCGUUCCGCCUCUGGUGCCGGAGAGGAGAUGAUUGCGUUCAGAAGCAGGGCGUUUGCUGUUGGAUGAACAGUCAAUAUGGUUGAGCGAGAAAAUGAUUCUGCGUUCCUAGGUUACAUAAUGUUUCUGGCGUUUAAGGAAGGUUUCUUUCAGAGGCGCAAAUUUUAUGAUGGUUGAGCAGUCCGCGUCUCUGGGGCGUAUGGGUAAUUUGAGAUGCAAAAGAGGGAACUUUGAUUGUACUGAUUCGAGAGUUUUGGGUAUUCUUUUUGGAUUAACGAGUCUGUGAUACCCAUAAUGAGUAAUGAUUAAUGAAGUACAAUUGCCAGC